AUGAUCGAAUCUGAAGUGGCCGAGACGCUCAUGAGCUUGUCAGCACCCGACGAGCGCAAAUUUACUGACAAUCCGCUGUAUGCACCCGAGCCGCCGUCUUCUUGGCAAGCCAACAAGAAACGCGCCUUUGCAGCCUUUGAUGCAAGUGUUGCUAACUCGUUACCCUCGUCCAACUUUCUUCAGUCGCACGCUGAGUCAUACAGCUCGCCAAUGUCGCUCCUGCAGCUCAAGAUCCACGGGCGUCCGCUCACGUCCAUGAUCCCUGGCCGGGACGACGCUGACAGCAGCAGUAGCGACGUCGACAUGGACGCUAGCGACGCCAUUGAUCCGAUCUCGGAGCAUCACACGUGGUCAUUCUAUCGCUCUUCCUUUGAUGGCCUCGUGGCUGCUGCAGUCUCCACCCAUGACGACAAUGACACCUACUCGUCGUCUAACAGCCGACCCAUUUCGAUUCCCAAACGCGGUGGCAACACUCAUAGGUAUCGUGAGCCGUCGUCGUCGUCGCUUGAUCGUACACAUACGUCUUCGUAUGGCAAGAAGCACAAGGCAUGCAGUUUAUCGCGCGUGCAGGAGGACGAGUCUUUCCUUGGUCGCGACUGCAGUCCCACGGGUGUCGAAGAGGAAGACACGUGGUACGAUAGCGACUACAAGCAACGCAUGCGUUUGGCAUCGGUGUGCUCGUCCGAAGGUAGCGAGUACGGUGGUCUUGGUCGUCAGCAUUUGGAGGAGUUUAUCCGCAUGGAGAUCUCAGCGGCCAACGAGAGCGAGCAGCACAGAGAUGGCUCGUUUGAUGGCAAGUACAUUGGCAGCUACUCGCCAGAAGCUCGAAGAAAACGCAUCGAACGUUUUUUUGAAAAGCGCAAACGCCGCGUGUGGGCCAAGAAAGUGGACUACGACGUCCGCAAGAACUUUGCCAACUCACGCUUGCGCGUCAAGGGUCGUUUCGUGAAGAAAGAGGAUGAGGAGCUGCUGUGUCAACUUUUGAGCUACAUGUGA